AGUCUGGCGUAGUGGGUGUGAGGCUGGAGCUCUACUCUGCGUGGAAAUGAGAGAGCAGGAGGCCCUGACUUGUGCGUUAUCUGACUCUGGCAGAGGAGUGAGCUCUGUAGUCCGCCGUUGCAUUCAUCGAAUUACUGGCCGUGAGUUUGCGGUGAAGAUCAUGGAGGUGACAGCUGAGCAGCUGAGUCCUGAGCAGUUGGAGGAGGUGCGAGAAGCCACGCGGCGAGAGACACGCAUCCUUCGCCAGGUCGCCGGCCACCCCCACAUCAUCACUCUCAUCGAUUCCUACGAGUCUUCUAGCUUCAUGUUCCUGGUGUUUGACCUGAUGCGGAAGGGAGAGCUGUUUGACUAUCUCACAGAGAAGGUGGCCCUCUCAGAAAAGGAAACCAGGUCCAUCAUGAGGUCUCUGCUGGAAGCAGUGAGCUUUCUCCACGCCAACAACAUUGUACACCGAGACCUGAAGCCUGAGAAUAUUCUCCUAGAUGACAAUAUGCAGAUCCGACUUUCAGAUUUUGGGUUCUCCUGCCACUUGGAACCUGAUGAGAAGCUUCGAGAGUUGUGUGGGACUCCAGGGUAUCUAGCGCCAGAGAUCCUUAAGUGCUCCAUGGAUGAAACCCACCCAGGCUACGGCAAGGAGGUCGAUCUCUGGGCCUGUGGGGUGAUCUUGUUCACACUCCUGGCUGGCUCGCCACCAUUCUGGCACCGACGCCAGAUCCUGAUGUUACGCAUGAUUAUGGAGGGCCAGUACCAGUUUAGUUCACCUGAGUGGGAUGACCGUUCUGACACUGUGAAAGACCUGAUCUCGAGGCUGCUGCAGGUGGAUCCUGAGGAGCGCCUGACAGCUGAGCAAGCCCUACAGCACCCAUUCUUUGAGCGCUGUGAAGGCAGCCAACCCUGGAACCUCACCCCCCGCCAGCGGUUCCGGGUGGCAGUGUGGACAGUGCUGGCUGCUGGACGGGUGGCCUUAAGCACCCACCGUGUACGGCCGCUGACCAAGAGUGCACUGUUGAGGGACCCUUAUGCGCUGCGGCCAGUGCGGCGCCUCAUUGACAGCUGUGCCUUCCGGCUCUAUGGACACUGGGUGAAGAAGGGUGAGCAGCAGAACCGGGCAGCCCUCUUCCAGCACCGGCCCGCAGGGCCUUUUCCCAUGAUGGGCCCUGAAGAGGAGGGGGACUCAGCUACUAUCACUGAAGACGAGGCCAUGCUGGUGCUGGGCUAGUACUUCAGCCCUGAGGAAUCCCAGGAAGCAGAACUCUCCAGGAGGAGGAUUUUUAUCAUUCCAGCCCCUCUGGGCUCUGGCCUCAGGCCCCCAUGCCUGGCCAGGCCCGCCACUGAUCAAACUAUCAUAGAGACCAGCCCUGUACACCUACCCACUGGCCAGGGCUUUGAGAUCAGAGCUGAGGUGGAAGAGAGCCACCCAGAGUGCCAUGCCUGCCCUUAUCCAUGCUGCCUGUGCCAUGUAUGCAAUAAAAUCUGCUACACGCCAGGGA